CAAGUGGGACCCACGUGUCAGUAACGCGGAGACAAAGCGGCACUCCCCCGGAACACUCGCUGCAUCCACCAUGUCGGCCGCCGAAACCGCCGUUUCGCCGCCGCCGCCGGAUCCACCCGCCGCCGCCGACUCUUCCAACUCCACCCCCAUGGCCUACGAGGUGCAAAAUCCGACCGAUGCUCAGCCCCAGCCCCAACCGCACUGCUCGUCGCCGCCUGCUUCGGUGGAGGAUGACGACGGGGCGGGGGCGGCUAUCUCCGGCGCUUUCGCUGGAGGGGACGCUGCGGCGGCGGCGUCCGCGGCGAUGGAGGAGAGGGUGAGGGGGCCGUGGUCUCCGGAGGAGGACGCGGUUCUGAGCAACCUGGUGGAGAAGCUCGGAGCGCGGAACUGGACGCUGAUCGCGCGCGGCAUCCCGGGGCGCUCCGGCAAGUCCUGCCGCCUGCGCUGGUGCAACCAGCUCGACCCCCAAGUCAAGCGCAAGCCCUUCACUGAAGAGGAGGACCGCAUUAUAAUAGCCGCUCAUGCAGUCCAUGGGAACAAGUGGGCAUCUAUCGCGAAGCUUUUGGUUGGGAGAACCGACAAUGCAAUCAAGAACCACUGGAAUUCUACCCUGAGGCGUCGAUACUGCAACAGUGGCCGAUGCACACAUGGUGCUGCUGUGGAGCAAAGUAUCCCGGAAGUGUCCAGGGAAGUUUCAGAAGAACCUUGGCCUUUAGGGGAUCUUAGUUCCUUCAACGCUAUGGAUGUUAGGGAUGCUCCUGCACAAACAGUGCCUGAAAGUUCUGCUGGGGCAUGGCACAUCGGAGGUCAGAAUUGUAUUACAGAAGCUGUUGAUCCACCUUACCUGGCCCGACCAGCUGCAAAGAUCGGAGCUUUCAGACCAUACAAUCUAGGACAUGCGGAAUCAACCCAACAGGAAAUGCCAAGGUCUGUCUUCAAGUUUGACUCAACCCUUAAAGCUUUGAAUCCUGAAAGUGAGGUAUUCAAGUUUGUUGACCCUACAUGCUUUGCUGCUGACGUGCCAAACAAAUGUGGACAUGGUUGCUGCAAUGCUCAGGAGCAGCCUCGAAACAAUUCAUUGCUGGGUCCUGAGUUCAAAGAGUUUGAAGAUCAUCCACGAAUUUUAAAUAGUAGUUUUGCUUCAUUGGUAUCAGAAAUUAGCAGCAUUGCCUGGAUGAUAAGUGGUAUGCAAAGCAGUGACGCCAGUAGCUUAUUGCAGUCGUUUCCGCCGCCUGACAAAGUAGGAAUCAUGUGAACUAGCAUGUCGGAAUAUUUUGCAGUUGUUCGUUAUAUUCAGACAUAAUGAGGUCAAGUCAGUGAUUAUAAUCCUGUGCUUCACUGGCUUUGGUGACGAUGCAUUUGCUUGUACUGGCUUUGGUGCAUAUUUAUUUC